AUGGCCUACUCCCAAGUCCAGUGUCUGGACGACAGCCACGUAAACUGGCGGUCCAACCAGUCCAAGCCAGAGUUCUUCUACAGCGAAGAGCAGAGGCUGGCCCUGGAGGCCUUGGUCUCCCAGGGGCCCGAGGCCUUCUACGAGGUCCUCAAGAAAGAGAACAUCCGGGACUUCCUCUCGGAACUGGAGCUUAAAAAGAUCCUGGAGACCAUCGAGACCUACGACCCGGGCUCGGAGGAUCUCCGCGGGUCGGGGAGCCCCGGGGGUGGGGGCCGGGGCCCCGAGCCCGAGGAGGAGGAGGCCGAGCCGGGAGGGGAGGUCGAGGACUUGGUCCCCUCGUUGGAGUACUGGCCGCAGAAGUCGGACCGCUCCAUCCCGCAGCUGGACAUCGGCUGGCUGGACACCAUCGCCUAUCGGGGGGUCACCCGGGCCAGCGUCUACAUGCAGCCCCCCAUUGACGGCCAGGCCCACAUCAAGGAGGUGGCCAGGAAGAUGAUUAACCAAGCCCAGAAGGUGAUCGCCGUGGUCAUGGACAUGUUCACGGACGUGGACAUCUUCAAGGACCUGCUUGACGCCGGCUUCAAGAGGAAAGUGGCAGUGUACAUCAUCGUGGACGAGGCCAACGUGAAGUACUUCCUGCAGAUGUGUGAGAGGGCGCAGAUGCACCUGGGUCACCUGAAGAAUCUGAGAGUCCGGAGUAUUGGAGGAACUGAGUUCUUCACUCGCUCAGCUACCAAGUUCAAGGGAGCCCUGGCCCAGAAAUUCAUGUUUGUGGAUGGAGACCGGGCGAUGUGUGGCUCCUACAGCUUCACCUGGUCGGCAGCCCGGACCGACAGGAACGUGAUCUCGGUCCUCUCGGGCCAGGUGGUGGAGAUGUUUGACAGGCAGUUUCAGGAGCUGUAUCUCAUGUCCCGUGGGGUCAGCCUGAAGUCCAUCUCCAUGGAGAAAGAGCCCGAGCCGGAGCCCAUCGUCCUGCCCAGCGUGGUCCCCCUGGCACCUUCCGGCACCGUGGCCAAGAAGCUCAUCAACCCCAAGUACGCCUUAGUGAAGGCCAAGAGCGCGGACGAGCUGGCCAAGGCCGCCUCCUCCUCCGAGAAGCAGGAGAACGGCCCCACCAAGCGGCUCAACAACAAGGGCAAGGCGCUGCCCGGCAACCAGCUGGCGGGCGACCUCCUGGAGCCUCCACCCCCAGUCCACCCGGGGCUGCUGAACAUGGAGCGCGCCAACAUGUUCGACUAUCUGCCCACAUGGGUGGAGCCGGACCCCGAGCCCGGCAGCGACAUCCUGGGCUACAUCAACAUCAUCGACCCCAAGGUGUGGAACCCGCAGCCCUCCCAGAUGAACCGCAUCAAGAUCUGCGACUCCUCCCAGGUCGCCUCCACCCAGCACAAGCAGCAGCUGCUGCAGGGCCCGGAGUCCCAGGCCCAGGCCCCGCCGUCCCCCUCCCUGGAGGGGAGCGAGGCCCCGCCCGGCCCGCACAGCCCUUGCUCCUCAGGGAGGGACAAGGCCGAAGCGUCUGCCUCCCCCGUGGGGAGCUGCUCACUCAGGGAUGGCGGGACGGACCACGGAGAGGAGCAGGAGGAAGACGCAAGGCUCAAGACACCAGUCCCCAAGCCCCGGACCGUCCACGUCUCGGACUUUAUCAACCAGUCCAAGACCCUAUGCUUCCGGGCCGGGGGGACCUCCGGCCAAGUCCCCAGCAAUGGCCACCCCAAGCUCCACCGGCAGCUGUCCCUGGCCCAGGAAGACGGCGACCCCACGGCCCCGGGGACCCCCAACGGACUCGACAGGGCGGCGGAGCUGGAGGAGGAGGGGAGGAGAGACGGGGAGGAAGAGGACGAAGAGGAGGAGGAUGACGACUACGUGACCAUCAGCGACCAGGACAGCUUCUCGGGCAGCUCCACCCACAGCCGGCCCCGGCGGUCGGCGGCGUCCUCGGUAUCGGACGAGUACUUCGAGGUGAGAGACCGCUUCUCCGGCCUGCGGAGACGCCACUCGGACCACGUCCCCAAUGGCACGGGCCACGGGCAGCUGCGCAGGAAGCUGAGCGACCCGCACCUGAGCCGGGGGACGUUGGGCAGCCCCCAGUGGAUGCAGAGCUUGAGUAUAGAGGAUGAGUUUGGCAGGAAGAGAAACUGCACCAUACAGGAAAUUAAGCAAAUGUUGGGCAGGGGACUCCCGCUCAACGGCAACGAGGCCUGUUCUAGCCCAGCAGCCCAGCAGGGGCAGCAGUUUUACCACUACGGAGACAAGCGUCCCCCGCCCGGGGGCAGAGACAAGGACAGCUGCCAGCAGUUGGUGAGGAACCCCGGCCUACCCAAGUACCGGCGGGACGGCGCCCACCCGAGCGACGGCCACCAGCAAUCCGCCCAGAAGCCCAGCCCGGCCGCGGCGGGGCAGCGAUACUGGCAGAGUCAGGGUUACACCGGGACCAAGGGCAGGCCCCCCUCCCGCCUCUCGCCAGACAGCGGCCCCCUGAGAGCCGGCAAAAGCCAGCCCCCGGCCGAGAGCAGGACCCUGGACGAGAUGAGGACCCCGUUUGGCAUCCCUUACUCCAAACUGUCGCAGACCAAGUACCUAAAGAACAAGGCGGGAGGAGGCCAGUGGCAAUCCCCCGAUUCCAGGAGGAGGAACCACGGACCCACGAGCCACAAGGACCUGUAGCGACCCCUCCCCUACAGGCAAACGUGCUCUCCCUCCCUCUCUCUCCCACUUUCUCUCUCACUUUCUCUCUCUUUUUCUCAGCGUGCAACUAUUCUAGACCAUGCUGCUUGGAUCGCGGAUGACCACGGGGGGGAUGCAAUCGCGCCGUACAGGGGAAUGGUGGAGGCGGAGGGAGGGUCAGGGCAAGCCGGGGAGAUGUUU